UGGGGUCAAGGUGAUAAAAAAGAGGUGCAAAUAGAUAUGAACUGGGUCAUCUCUCCAAAGAAGCUGAUGGAGAAUGUGGAUUAUACCAAUGAAAAAUACAUUGCCAAAAUCCGAUCGGAUAAAGAGACCAUGAAAGAUAUUGUAUAUUCUCUGAUAGGACCUGAAGUGGGUAAAUUGUUCAGUGUAGACAAAACGACUGGCUUUGUCAGGAUCCAUGGCAUCUUAGACAGAGAGAAGACAGCUACUUAUGAGCUCAAAGGGAGAGCUACAUCAAAAAGAGAUGGAAAACCUGUUGAAAAUGACCUUGAUUUAAAAAUCAUAGUUUUAGACCAGAAUGACAACGCUCCUGAGUUUAAGUAUGAGAUGAUUGGUUCUGUUGAUGAGCUCAGUGACAAAGACACCCAUGUAAUUGCAAUCACAGCAUUUGAUGCAGAUGAGCAAGACACACUUUUUUCAAAAAUUGCCUACAAAGUGAUACAACAGGAGCCAGCGGGAGAAAUAAUGUUUAGAAUUGAGCGAUCAUCUGGUGAAAUCAAAGUUAAAUUGAACACUCUGGACAGAGAGACACAAGACACAUACAAACUGAUAAUCACAGCUACAGACCUGGAUGGAAGCUAUUCUAAUUCCCAAAACAUUCAAAAUACGGGAACAGGGACCGUGACAAUCAACUUACGUGAUGUUAAUGACAACAUCCCCGUAUUAGAGAAGGAAUCAUAUGAGAGUAGUGUGGAGGAGAAUAUCAUGAAUGUGGAAGCGAUAAGGAUUAAGGCAGUAGACAAGGAUCAAAUUUAUACUUCAAACUGGGAGGCUGUGUUCAGUAUCAUUUCUGGAAAUGAAGCCGGUCACUUCAGCAUCACUACGGACCCCAAAACUAAUAAGGGAAUUCUGGUGGUCGAUAAGAAACUGGAUUUUGAGGAGUUAAAUGAGGUCAAUCUGAUAGUGGUGGUCAACAACAAGAGUCCUUAUCACAAGUCAGUGGUGAUCGAUAAGCCUAUGACUUACCCCAUCAAGAUCAAAGUGAUUAAUGUACCUGAAGCCCCUCACUUCAACCCUGCUGUCAAAGUCAUCUUUAUCUCGGAAGACCGCACCACCAUCGACCUGAAGAAGGUCAUCGCCACCUACACUGCCACAGACAGUGAUACGCUGUUAACUGCCACUAAUGUCAGGUAUUUGAAAGUAGAGGAUUUUGACAACUGGUUGAUCAUUAAUGAGCAAACAGGCGAGAUCAGACUAAACAAAUAUCCAGAUCGAGAGUCUAAGUUUCUGACUGAUGGAACAUACUACACCAUAAUCUUAUGCAUCACCAGGGAACAGUCUCCCCAAACUGCAACAGGAACUAUUGCAAUUCAGGUCCAGGAUUUUAACGACCACUGUCCGCUUUUGACUCACUCAGUCAAAACGCUUUGUUAUGGCACCAGUGUAGUGUACGUCACAGCCACAGAUGGGGAUAAAUACCCCAAUGCAGAACCUUUUGAAUUCAGAGUGGUUACCAAGAGCACAAAAGAGACCUGGAGUGUUGAACGCCUCAACGAAACGACAGUAAUUCUACGCAGUCAGGAGGACCUAUGGCCAGGGUACUACACAGUGGAGCUGGAGGUGCUAGACCAGCAAGAAAAGUCCUGCCAGGGUCAAAAGCUUCAGAUCACUGUGUGCCAAUGCACUGAGGCACAAGUGUGCCGACCCGAAAGACGAAGCAGCAACCCUCCUGUACUGGGAGCAGGUGGAGUUCUGGCACUGCUGCUAGGAAUCCUGCUUUUGUUGUUCAUUCCGAUGCUUUUGAUGUUGUGUGAGUGUGGAGGAGCUGCAGCUCUGGGUAAAUUCCAGGCAUUUCCCUUCUACCCAAAUCAGAACCUCAUCCCGUAUCACACUGAAGGCCAAGGAGAGUAUAAGGAACUACCGGUGCUGCCUAAGCCAUCAGGGAGUGGAGGCGGAGGUGGUAGCAGUGGUAGAAAACUUGGAGGUGGAGACGAACAUGGAUACAGAGAAGGAUACGAAGAAGUAAGCUGGAAUGGCUGGUCUUUGGAGGAAAUCAGACGCAUGUUGGAACAACGUAAUACUGAAACUAUAAUUGGAGGACAUUCUGAACUUAUUACAAGCAGAACCCUUGAUUCCAUGGCUCUGUCUGAGAGUUACUUACGCAGCUAUUUUGCAAAGAAAUCACAGCAAACAGCGAAGCAAGAAGUUAGUGGAAAUCAUCUGCUGGUGUCUAACUAUGAAACCUGCAACUCGGUCACAGGCUCCUUGGAGGAUAUAUGCAGCCAUCUUCAUGAGAAAAACAAUCUAGAUUUCCUCAAUGACCUCGGGCCUCAGUUCAAAAGGCUUGCUGAGAUUAGCUAUGGCUCCGCCUUUGCACAUGAGGAAAGCUCAAUUUCCACGUUUCCCACCUCUAGUUCAAAAGUGACUAUCAAUGUAAAAAAUGCUGUUGGUGGAGCCACAUCAUCAGCCACCAUAGGCCAAACUCUGCUGAUGCGUACUCCUAUGUAUGUAGUGAAGCAACAGCAACCUGCUCUUCUAUUGACCUCUGGUCCAGUGCUGGGAAGCAAUGUGGUGGUGGUGGAGAAGGGGUCUACCAAUAUAGCAAUAUCUCCUAAUAGCACCCUUCCCAGGCCAGGACUGCAGCAAGCAAACACCAGAGUAGUGAUGGAUGAAGUUAUUGGAGGCACAGUGAUACAUGGGAAGUGUGUUCAGGAAAGCAACAUGGUGUUGGUGGAAAAAGAGGCUACCAAUAUAACAAUCUCUCCCCAGAGCACCCUUCACAGGCUGGGACUGAAACAAGCAAACACCAGAGUGGAUCAGGGUAUUGGAGGCACAGUAGUACAUGGGAUCUUAGGCCACGCUGAGCAUCAGGGCACUGUUUCUGGUACCGUUCAUGUCGUAGAGACUCGACGAGUAGAGAGCACGGAGCCUGUGCAUGUUCUACAGAGCUCCUCACACUCCAGGAUAAGCAAUAGUACACAGGCCAAAAGGCAAAAUAGAGGGGUCAUGGCUCUAAGAAGUGCACCAGUUGUCCAAAAUCCAAUUUCAUUGUCUCGGCAAGAUGCGCCUCUUUUUGCUGCUUCAAAUGGAAGCACUCACCAACAGGUGCGAGAGGAAAGGGUUUCGGUUGUUGAAAGAAGUUUCCAGUCAAGCUCCACCUCCUAAUGCAAUUUCAAAGACACUCUCACACUCUAAGUGCUACAUUCUACAGUCAAUUGUGCUGUUUCCAUUAUCUAAGGUCCACUGGCAUGCUCUAAACUGCAUCCUAGGUGGUGGGAGCAACACACCUGCUAUUUGUUUAGAAUUGUAACCAAAUUAGAAAAACCUAUAAUAUAAAAUCAAGAUAUUUAUAAAAUUCUGAUAAUUAUAAAAACACAAUACAAAUCGAAUCUAUCCCAAGGUAACGUGAUAUCGUAUCCAUGUAAAUAAAUAAGGAACUGCCAGAUUUUCCUGCUUCUUCAUUAAUUACUAAAUAUAAUCAUACAAUUUUUAAUGAUAUAUGUAAAUAUAAAGCAAAUUUAUACAUUUAGCAUAGCUUUAGUUAACCACUAAUCCGCCUGCAGAACCACUAAUUUGAUUAAUAAUAUCAGUAGAAAAUCUCAGUAAAAAGCAGAAAAAGCAUGGGAGCACAUAUUUCACUUUUUUUUUUUUUUUUUUGUGAUAUGAAUGCCAAAGUACACAUUGAAACUCCAAUGUUGAUUUAACACUUUGAGUCCAGCUGCACCUAUAUAA